AUGGUCUUCUCAACUUUACAGCAGUCGCAGAAGGUCUUCUCAGCUUCCAGACAAGUGCACAAGGCAGCAGUUCAAGUGCUGGAGAGGGGUAACGUGGAAGAGACGGUCACCAACAGCUUUGCCUCCUUUAUCCACGAAGUCCUUCCGGAGCACCUGUCUGACACGGUCCGCCUCCGGAGCAAGAGAAUGAUCUUGGACAGCAUUGGGGUCGGUCUCCUCGGCAGCUCCACCCAUGUGUUCGACAUUGCGCUGAAGUACUGCCAGAAUAUGUACUCUCCAAAUGCCGUGAGCUCGGUCUUCGGAAGGACGGGAUUAAGGCUCUCUCCAACACUGGCUGCAUUCACCAAUGGCGUGGCGGUUCAUUCUAUGGAUUUCGAUGACACUUGGCACCCAGCCACGCACCCAUCAGGAGCCGUGCUACCAGCACUCUUGGCCGCUUCCCAGAUGCUCCCUGUUGGCUCCAAACCCAACGGCCUUGACCUGUUGUUAGCCUUCAACGUGGGCAUCGAGGUCCAGGGGAGACUCAUGCAUUUCUCCAGAGAGGCUCACGACAUUCCCAAGAGAUUCCACCCCCCGUCGGUGGUGGGGACCCUGGGCAGUGCCGCCGCCAUAGCCAAGUUGCUGUCUCUGAACAAAAACCAGUGUGCCAACGCCCUGGCCGUGGCGGCCUCAUUGGCCGGAGCGCCCAUGGCGAAUGCCGCCACCUUAGCCAAACCCCUGCACAUCGGCAACGCCGCCCGUUUUGGGUUUGAAGCGGCGCUUCUCGCGGCCCAGGACAUGGAGGCCAAUCCACUCAUCUUGGAUGACGUCGGCGGCUGCUCGGGGGUCAGCGCCUUCUACGGGGAUUACCACCCCAUGCCUCUCCCUCUCCCAGGAAGGGAUCAAGAGUUUCUUUUAGAGAAGCAGGAUAUCGCCUUCAAGCGCUUCCCCGCUCAUCUCGGCAUGCACUGGGUGGUCGACGCUGCCUUGUCCGCCCGCAACCUCUCCAUCCUCUAUGCUGGCUCCUUCUCCCCAGCUGCGAUCCAGGCUAUCAUCCUGAGGAUCCCGGAAUCCAAAUACAUCAAUAGGGCCUUCCCGGAGUCGGAGCACCAGGCCCGGCAUUCCUUCCAGUUCAAUGCCUGUGCUGCCCUCUUGGACGGCCAGGUGGACGUCAGCUCUUUCAGCUUGGAGAACAUCGUCCGGCCCGACUUGACCAAACUGCUCGCCAAAGUGGCCGUGGAGCACCCGGAGGACAACCCGGCCAAUUUUGACAAGAUGUACGGGGAGGUGGUGUUGCACCUGGAGAAUGGGGACAUCCUGACGGGCAGGUGCGACACCUUUUACGGACACUGGAGGAAACCCCUGAGCAAGGAAUCCCUCCUCCAAAAGUUCAGGGCCAAUGCUUCCCAUGUGCUUCCUGAAAGUAAGGUGAACGCCAUCAUCACCAUGGUCGAAAACAUAGAGACACUCGCCGACGGCUCUCGGCUAGCCUCGGCCCUACAAUGA